CCCCCCCAGGACAGGGCCCCCGGCUCCAUCCCCAGCGACUGGGAUGUGACAUAAUCAUAGCUGCUUCUAGAGUCACUUGGGGCCAGAGCACCUGGAACGGGGCCUGGUGCAGACAUUGACCAACGUGGACGUCCUCUAAGAAGGAAACGGUAGGAGGAACGUGACACCAGAGAGGCCUUGUUUCUGGUCACCUCUGCUCUUCCCGUCUUGCCCGGCCAGCCAGUGGAAGUGUUGACAGUGGGGCAGAGUCCCCACCCCUCCCCCUUUCGGCCACAAAACCCAAGACCGGAAGGGGAAGGUGACGAGGUGGAUGUGGGCCCGGGCUUCUCGGGGGUGUCUGGCCCGUGUCCUCCGUCAGGCUGAGGUGUGACCGACCUGAUAGACGUGCCAGCUUGUGUCCUGUGCUCCGUCUGAGAAGGGUCCCGGGUGUCGCGCCCCAGCCUCUGCAGCCCUGAGCGGUGAGAGCCUGCCCACGGCGGGCCUGCCCAGCUUGCCAGCCCAGCCGUGCCGGGAAGUGAUCUGCUGUAACCAGAUAGCACUGUUUCCAUUUGGUUGUGGGCUCCAGACCGCCUUCCCAUCCGUUUGGACGUGUCUUCUAAGCGGACACAUCCUGGGGCUGCUGGGGAGGCGUGUAAAUACCGUCUUGCGUGUGGCCAGGCCUGUUUCCUCGUUGCCUGCCCAGCCAGGCCUUGGGUACCAACGUGCCAGCAGAGGAAUUACUGACCUUGGCACCAGCAGGCUGCUUUUAUACGUGGAAACCCUACAUUUGGCAGUGUGGCUUGGUAAUUUUUUUUUUUUUUUUGUUCCCCCACGCCUCCCAGGAGGGGAUCGCGGGGGAAGAUUUGGGUCUCCUCCUGCCAGCAUAUUUUUCCAGAUACCUUGAGGCUUUGUUGGUGUUUUGGGGGUCAGAAGUGGUAACAGACUGGGUUCCUGGGCUCCAUCCUUGGCGCGGUUUCUCAACAGUCCGCGGGUGGCCACAGAGCGCUCGGGGAACAGCGCUGUUGUAAACAGCCGGUCCGCACGUUUGGUACGCCCGUGUGCACUGGGACACAAGGAGAUGGGAUAGAGCCCUGCUCCCUUAAACUGCCUCGCAUUGCCACGCACCCCCAGUUCAAAGUAGGAUUUGCACCUACUUUCCUCUCUCGCGGUACAUUUUUGGUAUUUCUCAUUCCAAAAAAUUUUUUUUUUUUUUUUUUUUUUUUUUUUUUAACGACCGGUGUUUUUCGUAAGUGAAAAAUCGAAUCUGACGUAGACGUGGGUGAAGACAGCAGUCUGGUUUAACGGCUGCAGACGCGCACAGUGUCUCGUCUGUAAAGGUUCUCAACGGCACGCUGCCUUUGCAGCAUCAUGAUCAUGAGCUUUUGUUUUUCUGGUGGGUUCGGUGUCAUGGGCUCCCGUGGUCGGAGGAGGGGAACCUGUAGCUUGGCUCUGAGUUGUUUCUCUGGGACCCUUCUCUCUCUUUAAAGAAAUGGUUGAAUGCUCAGAGGUGGGCCGUUCCUUAUCGAAAUUAAAUAACUGUUGUCCUUUGUGUUAUUGCGCCUGAAGUCCCUCUGAGCCAUGUAAGGAUCUUAAUCCGUGGGACUAUGGAGAAGCCUCCCCAACAUCGAAGCUCGCCGAGCCUGCUGGAAGGACGCUUUCCCUGCAAACGGAUAUGAAGGAAGGCACACCUAAGCUGCAGAAGCUUCCCGGUUUCCUUCCUAAUGUCAGGGCUCAGUCGUUGACCUCUGUUGUAGUCUUAAAUUUUCUUUUCUUAAUGUUUGUUUAUUUUUGAGAGAGAGAGACAGCGUGAGCGGGGGAGGGGCAGAGAGAGGGAGAGACACAGAAUCCAAAGCAGGCUCCAGGCUGUCAGCACAGAGCCCGGCGCGGGGCUCAAACUCAAGAACCGUGAGAUCAUAACCUGAGCCAAAGUCAGAGGCUUAACUGACUGAGCCACCCAGGUGCCCUUCUGUUGUAGUCUUUAAGGUGGCAAAUUCUAGAUCACACACCGCAGGUGUGUGUUUGUUUGUCCCUGGCAGGAUGGAGGGUUUGGUGUUUUAUGAUAAUAAGGCAAAGAAUGCAUGUGGACUUGAGCGGCAGAACUCAUGUGAUUGGUAACCCCGGAGUCCUCUCAGAGCCAGAUUUCACUAUCGGCGGGGCAUCGGGCUGCAGGCCUGGCCCAUUUCUCAGGGCACCUCGUGUUCUAGAAUUGUGCAUGAGAUUGUUUUUUUCCCCUUUUUAUCCUGCCUGCCUGUUCACAUUUAAUUUGUUCUUAGCCGUGUGCAAUGGAUUAACAUUUCAUCAGGAUGGAUUAAGAUUGAACUGACAUUAAAGCAGUCUUUUCCUAUUUUCCUUCUGUCACUUUUAGGCGAUCCGAGGCGGGGGGUGUGGGGGUGCUCAUCCCAAAAGUGCCCUGGUGAGGACGAAGGAGAUAAGCCAGGGCUUCAGUGUGAAAAUAAUUCCCAGUCGUGGGUCGGGAGGCCUGGCUGGAGCCCUCAGCCCUCCUCCUCCGUCUAAUGAGAUGUCACAUGGAACAAAAGCUUUAGGGGUUUUAUUUAGCUCCUAAUCCCCGCGCUGAGAGAGCCGAGGUCCAUGUGAGCUCGCCCACCGGGAGGAAGGGGGGCCGGCGAGCUGGGCGCAGCCUCAUCCCCGGGACUCUGGUGCCGCAGCUGGGGAGUGAGGCGAAGUUACCGUGAGUGUUGUGUUUUGCCUACUAAGGUUUCGGAGGAUUAAUAAUUUAGGCCGUACUUUGAAACAGAAAACCCCCAGUUGGUCUUUCCUGCCGUCCGGGAAGGGUUCGGAUGCAGCAGGCCCGCUGUGAUGUGUGUCACUGAAGAUUCGUAGAGACCGGCCGCCUCCCCUGCCUCGGCCGCCGCCGUCCCUCCUUCCCGAUGCCGGUCCCCAGCCGGCAGGUCCCCAUCGGCCGAUCCCAGAGCUGGGAUGCUGCCGGGUGGUACGAAGGCCCCUGGGAGGUGGCCGAGGCCCCGGCGAGGAGCAGCUCCGUGGCGGACGGCGGCACGGCGGGACCGUGGUACGAGCCCCAGGGCGCAGGCGAGCCCUUCCUCUACCGGGAGGCCUUCUUCAACUCUGUGGCUGGCAGCAAGAGCCCCGUCGCCGACUUCGCCUUUUACGACAGCAGACAGGCGCUGAUGUCUGGCCGGGGUGCCCUGCUGCCGCGGGAUUACUACGGCGACGCGGCCGCCCGGGUGCCCAAGGAGGCUCGCCACCCGCGGGACCCGGGACCCAGCCGGUCGCUGCCUGGUUACGGCGUGACGGGCGGCAGGCUGACGUGGGAUCAGGUGCAAGGCCGGGUCCCCGCCCUGCAGGAUGCCGGGCACCUGUACCGGGACCCCGCGGGUAAAGGGGUGGCUCAGGGGCAGCGGACGCAGAGCCGGGCCCCGUCGCCCGCGCACUGUGCGGGGGAGCUGCUCGAUGGCAGGUUCUCGGCCCAGGCCCCCGCCUACCCCGCCGGCCAGAUCUACAACGACGUCGCCGAGAGGCCCGUGGAUUCCGCCCUCUCCAGGCAGGCGGCCCCCACCUGCCUGGUCGUGGACCCCAGCACGGCCGCGGCGCCGGACGGCGGCCCGGGGGUGGCCCCGGGAGCCCUGAGCCGAGGCUACGGGCCUGCCCGGGAAAGCGUCUCCGGGCUGGUUUACGAGAACUGCGAGGCGGUCCUGCCAUCCUUCCAGGGUCCCGGCGGCAGGAGGAGCGCGCUCCCUGAGUUCCUGGCCCUCCUGCGGGCCGAGGGGGUGGCGGAGGCCACCCUGGUGGCCCUGCUGCAGCAGGGCUUUGACUCUCCGGCCGUCCUGGCCACCAUGGAGGACGCGGACAUCAAGUGCGUCGCGCCCAACCUGGGCCAGGCCCGCGUGCUGAGCCGCCUGGCCGCCGGCUGCAGGACCGAGAUGCACCUGCGGAGGCAGGGCCGGGUGGGCCCCCUCCCCCGGGUGCGCUCCAGCAGCUUCAGCCACCGAAGCGAGCUCCACGGGGACUUGUCUUCUCUGGGCGCUGCGGCCUCGCAGCCCCAGCCCGUGGGUCCCCUGCAGGCGGCAUCCCCCCGAGCAGGAGACCCGGCCCGCCGCCCCUCCAGCGCGCCAUCAUCCCAGCACCUCCUAGAGACGGCGGCCGCCUACUCUGCCCCCGGGGUGGGCGCCCAAGCGCCCCCCUUCCCCUCCAACUCUGGGUACGGCUCACCCACCCCCUGCGCCCUGACAGCACGGCCGGGCCCCACGUGCCCCCCACAGGCCGGGGUGGCCUUAACUUACCCGGGCCCGGCCCCUCCCCUUCACCCAGGCCCCAGAACGGCCUACUCCACGGCAUACACAGUGCCCAUGGAGCUGCUCAAGAGGGAACGCGCUGGGGCCGCGUCUCCCCUGCCCAGCCCCCAUGGCAGCCCCCAGCUCUUGCGGAAGCCCGGUGUCCCCGUGGAACCGUCCACCCUGCCGCCAGCCGGCCAGAGCCUCCACACGCCUCACUCGCCCUACCAGAAGGUGGCCCGGCGGACGGGCGCCCCCAUCAUCGUCUCCACCAUGCUGGCUCCGGAACCAAGCAUCCGCCCCCAGAUCAUGAACGGCCCCCUGCACCCCCGCCCCCUGGUGGCGCUGCUCGAUGGGAGAGACUGCACCGUGGAGAUGCCCAUCCUGAAGGACCUGGCCACCGUGGCCUUCUGUGACGCACAGUCCACUCAGGAGAUCCACGAGAAGGUGUUAAACGAAGCUGUUGGUGCCAUGAUGUACCACACCAUCACCCUCACCAGGGAGGACCUGGAGAAGUUCAAGGCCCUGAGGGUGAUCGUGCGGAUAGGCAGCGGCUACGACAACGUUGACAUCAAGGCUGCCGGUGAGCUCGGGAUCGCCGUGUGCAACAUCCCGUCGGCGGCGGUGGAAGAGACGGCCGACUCCACUAUCUGCCACAUCCUCAACCUGUACCGGAGGAACACGUGGCUGUACCAGGCGCUGCGGGAGGGCACGCGGGUCCAGAGCGUCGAGCAGAUCCGGGAGGUCGCCUCGGGAGCAGCCCGCAUCCGCGGGGAGACGCUGGGCCUCAUCGGCUUCGGUCGCACGGGGCAGGCGGUUGCUGUUCGAGCCAAGGCCUUCGGAUUCAGCGUCCUAUUUUAUGACCCCUACUUGCAGGAUGGGAUAGAGCGGUCCCUGGGCGUACAGAGGGUCUACACCCUGCAGGACUUACUGUACCAGAGCGACUGUGUCUCCUUGCACUGUAAUCUCAACGAACAUAACCACCACCUCAUCAAUGACUUUACUAUAAAGCAGAUGAGGCAAGGAGCUUUCCUAGUGAACGCGGCCCGCGGCGGGCUGGUGGACGAGAAGGCCUUAGCGCAAGCCCUCAAGGAAGGCAGGAUACGAGGGGCAGCCCUCGACGUGCACGAAUCGGAGCCUUUCAGCUUUGCUCAGGGUCCCUUGAAAGAUGCACCGAAUCUCAUUUGUACGCCCCACACAGCUUGGUAUAGUGAGCAAGCCUCACUAGAGAUGCGGGAGGCAGCCGCCACCGAGAUCCGCCGGGCCAUCACAGGUCGCAUCCCCGAAAGCUUAAGAAACUGUGUGAACAAGGAAUUCUUUGUCACAACAGCUCCCUGGUCAGUAAUAGAUCAGCAAGCCAUUCAUCCGGAGCUCAACGGCGCCACAUACAGAUACCCGCCAGGCAUCGUGGGCGUGGCUCCCGGAGGACUUCCUGCGGCCAUGGAAGGGAUCAUCCCCGGAGGCAUCCCGGUGACUCACAAUCUCCCCACCGUGGCACACCCUUCCCAAGCUCCCUCUCCCAACCAGCCUACAAAACACGGGGACAAUAGAGAGCACCCCAAUGAGCAAUAGCAGAGAAUGACGAACGGUCAUCCUUCAGAUAAACCUGGGACCAAGAGACAGUGACAAAUAGAUGAACUAAGGAAAAGGAAUCUGACCGUCUUUUUAACCGAUUCCGGACACACGCCUCACUGAUGUCGCAGUGUUACAUACGAGCUAGACGCCGAGACGCGGGGAAGCAGAAGCUGUCGUCUGGUUACGGAAGCGCUGAAAAGACUAGGACGUGAUUUAUUAACGACCAACUUCUGUUAUUGUGUGUUACGUUCUUCAUCUGUGCAUCAAAUCACAAAGAAUAAAUAGAUCUUUUUCCUUUAUCAGCCCCUUGGGCACAGCAGGUCCUCAACACCUUGCUCUAGAAUGUUGCAUCUGAAGUUCCAAACGUCAAAAUAAAAAAUGCUAAGAGGAAAUCCCCCUCCUGUGACUCUAGUCCCUUCGGUCCGUGGGGGCUGGUGACCUCUUUUUGCUAAUAGGAAGAUUCAAUUACUACAAGAUGGGGAGGAGACUGUUGGCCUGUGUCACACAACCGCAAGCAUAGGAUCGAGGACCAUACAGCCUCCUGUACAGAAGCCUCUCUCCCAUCUGAACUGCAUACUGAGCGGGCGAGUUGGUUGUGAAGUCAGUAAUACCCUCUGAUGAUGCAAAAAAAAAAAAAAAAAAAAAGAAAGAGAAAAAAAGAAAAA